UUUCCCUCUUUUCUUUCCCCAUAAUGAGCGCCACCACCAUUCCGACAUUCACCCCUGGCGAAAGCGUCAAGGAGGAAAAUGGCUUGAUCCACGGUGUCUCGGUGGCGGAGCUGCAGGUCCUGGGCGAGCAGUGCUUCGAGGCGCGGGAGCGGGCGUAUUGCCCAUACUCAUUGUUCCGCGUCGGCGCCUCCCUCCUGCUCACCACAUCGACCCCCUCCGCCCCUUCAGCCACGCACACCAUCACAGGCGCAAACAUCGAAAACGCCUCGUACCCCGUCGGUACAUGCGCCGAGCGCGUCGCCAUGGGUACUGCCGUCAUGGCCGGCCACCGGCUGGGCGCCUUCAAAGCCGUGGGCGUCACCACCGACAUUGUGGAUUACUGCUCGCCGUGCGGCAUGUGCCGCCAGUUCUUGCGCGAGUUUCUGGCACUUGAAACACCCAUCUUCAUGUUCAACAAGGAAGGCAAGUGGAUUGUUAGGACCAUGGGCGAGCUGUUGCCCCUGAGCUUUGGGCCGGAUGUCUUGCCCCCGCGGGAGGAACUGAGGAAGGGACAGGACGCGGAUAAGGCCAAGACGGCGUAGAUUGGAAUGUCUGGGUUAUGCAUUCACGGUGUUGUGGUGUGGUGUGAAAGGAGUUUGAGCAUCUUGGGGCGUUGCUGCAUAUGCUGUGUAAAGGCAUAGAUGAGGUUGUUGGUACAUGAAUUAGACCAGUAUGUACAUAGGCACGUAUGGGCAAGACGGCGUUAUGCUCAGAAUACAUAAUGUAUGCCACUUGAAUU